CGUCCCGAGGCCGACCCCCACCCGACGGCCGCGACCCCGCAGGCCCAGCUGCCCAGAGGACGAGGUCCCCCGACGGCGGAGGCGCCCGCGGGUCCCCGACAGCGACCAUUAGGCGGGAGCCGCCCCUGGCCGGGCCGCGGCCGUUCGGGCUUCCCGGAAGCGCGGCGCGCGGGUGGCACCACGGAGCAUCCCCCCGCGGCGGGAGCCACGGGGGCUACGCGGGGGCCGAGGCCCCUGAGUGCCAGUGGUGGUGUUGUCCCUUGUCACCUGGAACCCCAUGCAGCUGGAAGCCAGGCCUAGCGGGGCUGGGGCCCGCACCUGAUUCCUGCCCCUGCGGUCACAGCGCCCGGAGGGGGCGGGGCCCACGGUGAUGUUCGCGUCCACCGAGUGCAAGGCGGAGGUGACGCCCUCGCAGCACGGCAACCGCACGUUCAGCUACACGCUGGAGGACCACACCAAGCAGGCGUUCGGCAUCAUGAACGAGCUGCGCCUCAGCCAGCAGCUGUGCGACGUCACGCUGCAGGUGAAGUACGAGGACGUGCCGGCCGCCCAGUUCAUGGCCCACAAGGUGGUGCUGGCCUCCUCCAGCCCCGUCUUCAAGGCCAUGUUCACCAACGGGCUGCGCGAGCAGGGCAUGGAGGUGGUGUCCAUCGAGGGCAUCCACCCCACGGUCAUGGAGCGCCUCAUCGAGUUCGCCUACACUGCCUCCAUCUCCAUGGGCGAGAAGUGCGUGCUGCACGUGAUGAACGGCGCCGUCAUGUACCAGAUCGACAGCGUCGUGCGCGCCUGCAGCGACUUCCUGGUGCAGCAGCUGGACCCCAGCAACGCCAUCGGCAUCGCCAACUUCGCCGAGCAGAUCGGCUGCGCGGAGCUGCACCAGCGCGCGCGCGAGUAUAUCUACAUGCACUUUGGGGAGGUGGCCAAGCAGGAGGAGUUCUUCAACCUGUCGCACUGCCAGCUGGUGACGCUCAUCAGCCGGGACGACCUGAACGUGCGCUGCGAGUCCGAGGUCUUCCACGCCUGCAUCGACUGGGUCAAGUACGACUGCGCGCAGCGGCGCUUCUACGUGCAGGCGCUGCUGCGGGCCGUGCGCUGCCACGCGCUGCCGCCGCGCUUCCUGCAGCUGCAGCUGCAGAAGUGCGAGAUCCUGCGCGCCGACGCGCGCUGCCAGGACUACCUGGCGCAGGUGUUCCAGGAGCUCACGCUGCACAAGCCCGCGCCCGCGCUGCCCUGCCGCGCGCCCAAGGUCGGCCGCCUCAUCUACACGGCCGGCGGCUACUACCGCCAGUCGCUCAGCUACCUGGAGGCCUACAACCCGAGCGACGGCACGUGGCUGCGCCUGGCCGACCUGCAGGUGCCGCGCAGCGGGCUGGCGGGCUGCGUGGUGGGCGGGCUGCUGUACGCCGUGGGCGGCCGCAACAACUCCCCCGACGGCAACACCGACUCGAGCGCGCUGGACUGCUACAACCCCAUGACCAACCAGUGGUCGCCGUGCGCGCCCAUGAGCGUGCCGCGCAACCGCAUCGGGGUGGGCGUCAUCGACGGGCACAUCUACGCCAUCGGGGGCUCACACGGCUGCAUCCACCACAACAGCGCCGAGAGGUAUGAGCCAGAGCGGGACGAGUGGCACUUGGUGGCCCCGAUGCUGACGAGGAGGAUUGGGGUGGGCGUGGCCGUCCACAACCGGCUGCUCUACGCCGUCGGGGGCUUCGACGGCACGAACCGCCUCAACUCGGCCGAGUGUUACUACCCGGAGAGGAACGAGUGGCGAAUGAUCACACCCAUGAACACCAUCCGGAGCGGGGCAGGAGUCUGCGUCCUGCACAACUGUAUCUAUGCGGCGGGGGGCUACAACGGCCAGGACCAGCUGAACAGCGUGGAGCGCUACGACGUGGAGACGGAGGUGUGGACGUUCGUGGCCCCCAUGAAACACCGGCGCAGCGCCCUGGGCAUCACCGUGCACCAAGGCAGGAUCUACGUCCUCGGCGGCUACGACGGCCACACGUUCCUGGACAGCGUGGAGUGUUACGACCCGGACGCAGACGCCUGGAGCGAGGUGACCCGCAUGACGUCGGGCCGCAGUGGGGUGGGCGUCGCGGUGACCAUGGAGCCGUGCCGGAAGCAGAUCGACCAGCAGAACUGUACCUGUUGAACCGCCUCGGUUCCUCGGGCCAAGAGGGGCCGCUGGAGAGGAUGGUCCUUUUUAUACAAAAACAGGGACAAGAGAAAAGGCGACAGAGUGGACGCUGUCCCCGGGAUGGGAGGCUGGGUGCCUCUGCGUCCCGUGACGACUCCAAAGGAAAGAAGCCCAGAUUGGGGCCCACGCGCUGCCACAGGGUUCCGGGAACGUCCAGGACGGCCUGCCUGGCUCCCGGGACAGGCCCCCGCUCCCGCCACCCCCAGACUCCGCCAGGGUCCCGCGCCAGCAGCCGCCACCUCCCUUUGGGCUGAAAGCGGGCCCCGAGCUCCGGCUGGUUUUGCUCCCGGGCCUUGUGAUGGGUCCUGGAGGCCUGGCCGGGAGCCACCUGAGGCUCCUCUGGAGGUGCGGACCCGGGAGGGCCCGUCCGUAGAAACCUCUGGAUCUCUCUGCCCUGGACGGUCGUCCUGUUGAUAAGUAACCCUGUAACUUUCCAAUGAAAAUAAAGAACAACUAACUAGUGUCUUCCACCGGG